AUGGCUAAGGCUUUAGUUUUCUCGCUUUGCUUGCUUCUGGUUUUCAAUGGCUGCUUAGCGGCACGCCAGUCCCAGUUGAGUCCGCAGAACCAGUGCCAGCUCAACCAGCUCCAAGCCCGCGAACCCGACAACCGCAUCCAGGCGGAGGCGGGUCAGAUCGAGACCUGGAACUUCAACCAGGAGGACUUCCAGUGUGCCGGGGUCGCCGCCUCUCGAAUCACCAUUCAGCGCAACGGCCUACACUUGCCCUCCUACUCCAACGCCCCUCAACUCAUCUACAUCGUCCAAGGUAGGGGUGUUCUAGGGGCAGUGUUCUCUGGGUGCCCUGAGACUUUCGAAGAGUCUCAGCAGUCUUCUCAGCAGGGGCGCCAGCAGGAACAGGAACAGGAACGACAACAACAACAACAACAGGGCCAACAAGGACGACAACAGGGCCAACAAGAGCAGCAGCAGGAACAAGAAGAGCAGCAGCAAGGCCAACAACAACAAUUCCGACAGCUCGACCGCCACCAGAAGACCCGCCGCAUCCGUGAGGGUGAUGUUGUCGCCAUCCCUGCCGGAGUCGCCUACUGGUCCUACAACGACGGCGACCAGGAGCUUGUUGCAGUCAACCUUUUCCACGUCAGCAGCGAUCACAACCAGCUCGACCAAAACCCAAGGAAAUUCUAUCUAGCUGGUAACCCAGAGAAUGAGUUUAACCAACAAGGCCAAAGCCAACCCCGCCAGCAGCGUCAGCAACCAUUCGGACGUCCCGGACAGCAUCAGCAACCAUUCGGACGUCCCGGACAGCAUCAGCAACCAUUCGGACGUCCCGGACAACAAGAACAACAAGGAAACGGCAACAACGUCUUCUCCGGCUUCAACACACAGCUCCUCGCCCAGGCCCUCAACGUCAACGAUGAGACUGCCAGGAACCUCCAGGGAGAGAACGACAACAGGAACCAAAUCAUCAGGGUAAGGGGCAACCUCGACUUCGUCCAGCCCCCAAGGGGACGACAGGAGCGUGAAUACGAGGAGCGACAACAGGAGCAGCUCCAGCAGGAGAGGCAACAACAAGGAGGACAACCGAUGGUCAACGGUCUUGAGGAGACCUUCUGCAGCUUGAGGUUGAAGGAGAACAUCGGCAACCCUGAGCGUGCCGACAUCUUCUCUCCCCGGGCCGGCCGCAUCAGCACCCUCAACAGCCACAACCUCCCCAUCCUCAGGUCGCUUCGCCUCAGCGCCGAGAGAGGCUUCUUCUACCGCAACGGUAUCUACAGCCCACACUGGAAUGUGAACGCCCACUCAGUGGUGUACGUGAUCAGAGGAAAUGCUAGGGUUCAGGUGGUGAACGAGAACGGAGAUGCAAUUCUUGACCAGGAGGUGCAGCAGGGACAGCUGUUCAUAGUCCCACAGAACCACGGCGUGAUCCAGCAAGCCGGCAACCAAGGGUUCGAGUACUUUGCCUUCAAGACGGAGGACAAUGCGUUCAUUAACACCUUGGCUGGACGGACCUCCUUCCUCCGUGCACUGCCGGAUGAGGUACUGGCCAACGCCUACCAAAUUUCUAAAGAGCAGGCGAGGCAGCUCAAGUACAACCGGCAGGAGACCAUUGCCUUGAGCUCCAGCCAGCAGAGGAGGGCAAUUGAGUAA